GGAAAAUUCCUUAUGUCAGCCAAAUCCGACGUACCGUUAGUCAAAUUCCCUUCUGAAGAAAAAUCUUUCACGCGAGCAUUUCUAGGAUUUGUCAAAAAUUAUGAAGCUAAACUUGCAUUUAUCGAUCCAGAAACGAAUGAACGUUUGGCAUUUUGGGAUCUAGAAAAUAUAGUAAAUCAGAUGAAGUUCCAUUUGGACAAACUGGAAGUCAGCAGCGGUAAAAUCGUUGCAACACUUUGUGGUAACUCGAUCGACUUCAUUCUUAUGUGUUUGGCGGUUGUCGACCUGGGUGCCGCUAUUCUCCCUAUCAAUCCCGCUUCUACAGUCUUCGAAAUCGAGAAGUAUCUGCUCACUUGCAAGGUCGAUCAUGUGAUAAUUGAAACUGCCUACGAAGAAAAGAUGAGAAAAGCAUUAGCACGACAGGAAAAAUUCUCGAAAAUUACUGUCGUAAACUUGAAAGACUUGCGAGGUCUGCGAGAAGAUGAAGACAUUCCCAAAGAAAAGAAAGAGAUAGAGCUCUCAGGAGAAGAAACGGCAUUUAUACUCUUCUCAUCCGGGACCACAGGACCUCCAAAAGCAAUAUGUCACAGCCAUCGUAGCAUGCUGGCAUCCCUUGCUCAAGUCAUCGCAACUACACUCACAAAGUCAAAAUUUCCCUUUCCCAGUUUACUGGGUGAUAAAAUGUGGCAUGGUGUGCUACCGUAUUUUCACGCUGGUGGACUGGUUACGGUAUUCGUAAUGCUGCUAGAAGGUGUUACGUUAGUAAUCAACAAAAAAUUCACACCUGCUACAUUUCUUCGCAUUUUGACUGAGCACAAGAUUACAUUUCUCAGCAUUGUGCCCACAAUACUUGAUUUUCUCAACAAUCACCCCGCAGUGGACGCCUACGACCUUAGCGCACUAAAGCGAGUAUUUUUUCUAAUCAAUAAUUUGUACAUCUUUGUGGGAGCAGCGUCGAGCAAAGAAAGUCAGCUGGUGGCCUUAAAGAAACGAUUACCUAAUGUUGAAGUACUACAGAUGUACGGCCUGACAGAAGCAGGUUUAUUGAUAUUCAUGUCACCUAUAGGAAACACAAGGCUUUCAUCAGUUGGACGACCGAUGCCUGGUGUAGAAGCUGUGGUUAUUGGAGAAAACAAAGAAUGCCUGGAAUGUAAUGAAGUUGGAGAACUUGCACUGAGAUCUCCGUCAAUGAUGGUGGGAUACUACGAUCACAGCGAGUAA